UUUUCCUUCGAAGAUCAAAACACACAGUUCUCUUACAUGUUUAGAAAGCAAAGCUCUCUCUCUAUCUCUCCCAGCAAACUCAGUGGAGAAGGAGCGCCAUUUCCAAAACCAUAACCCUAAUCCCAGCUGCUGAUCUCUGCAACUCCUCUCCGUUCCGGUCAUGGCUCAGCCACUGGUAAAGAAGGACGAUGAUAGAGACGAUGAAGCUGAGUAUUCACCAUUUCUUGGGAUCGAGAAGGGAGCAGUUCUUCAAGAAGCACGGGUGUUCAAUGAUCCUCAACUUGAUGCAAGGAGGUGCUCUCAGGUCAUCACAAAACUCCUAUACUUACUCAAUCAAGGAGAAACUUUUACAAAGAUUGAAGCUACGGAGGUUUUUUUUGCGGUGACAAAGCUUUUUCAGUCAAAGGAUAUGGGACUGAGAAGAAUGGUUUAUUUGAUUAUCAAGGAACUUUCCCCAUCUGCAGAUGAGGUUAUUAUUGUCACUAGCUCACUGAUGAAGGACAUGAACAGUAAGACCGAUAUGUAUAGGGCCAAUGCUAUUCGGGUGCUAUGCAGGAUUACAGAUGGGACACUAUUGGGUCAAAUUGAGAGAUACUUAAAGCAGGCUAUUGUCGACAAGAACCCUGUUGUCGCUAGUGCUGCACUUGUUAGUGGAAUUCACUUGCUUCAGACAAAUCCAGAAAUUGUGAAAAGAUGGAGUAACGAGGUCCAAGAAGCAGUUCAAUCCAGGGCUGCCCUUGUACAGUUUCAUGCAUUGGCGCUACUUCACCAGAUCCGGCAAAAUGAUCGGCUGGCUGUAAGCAAGCUGGUCACCAGCUUAACAAGGGGAACAGUUCGCUCACCAUUGGCCCAAUGUCUUUUGAUUCGUUAUACAAGCCAGGUGAUACGAGAGUCCAGCAAUAACACUGCUGGAGGAGAUCGUCCAUUUUAUGACUUUCUUGAAGGUUGUCUUCGACACAAAGCAGAAAUGGUGAUUUUUGAAGCAGCAAGAGCCAUAACAGAGCUCACAAAUGUUACAGUUCGAGAGUUGACCCCGGCCAUCACAGUUCUACAGCUAUUUCUGAGUUCAUCCAAACCAGUGCUUAGAUUUGCUGCUGUUCGUACUCUAAACAAGGUGGCCAUGACGCAUCCCCUGGCGGUUACAAACUGUAAUAUCGAUAUGGAAAGCUUGAUUUCAGACCAAAACAGAAGUAUUGCUACCCUUGCCAUCACUACUCUCUUGAAAACAGGGAAUGAAACAAGCGUUGAUCGCCUGAUGAAGCAGAUUACCAACUUCAUGUCUGAUAUAGCUGAUGAGUUUAAAAUUGUUGUUGUGGAAGCUAUUCGUUCCCUGUGUCUUAAAUUUCCACUCAAGUAUCGUACACUGAUGAACUUUCUAAGCAAUAUUCUUAGAGAAGAAGGUGGGUUUGAGUAUAAGAAAGCAAUCAUAGAUUCAAUUCUCAUCCUUAUCCGUGAUAUACCGGACGCCAAGGAAAGUGGCUUGUCUCAUCUCUGUGAAUUUAUUGAGGACUGUGAAUUCACUUAUCUUUCAACUCAGAUACUUCAUUUUCUGGGCAAUGAAGGACCAAAGACUGCUGACCCCAGUAAAUAUAUACGUUAUAUUUAUAAUCGGGUUAUCCUUGAGAAUGCAACAGUACGGGCCGGUGCUGUAAGCACUUUGGCAAAGUUUGGAGCUUUGGUGGAUUCCUUGAAGCCUCGAAUCUUUGUUUUGUUGAGGCGUUGCCUUUACGACAAUGAUGAUGAGGUUCGUGACCGAGCAACCCUCUAUUUAAAAUGUCUUGGAGAUGAAGGCGAAUUUGGUGAAAGUGACAAAGAUGUAAAAGAUUUUCUCUUUGGAACACUUGACUUGCCUUUAUCAAACCUGGAAGCAAGUCUCCAAAGCUAUGAGCCCUCUGAAGAACCUUUUGAUAUCAACUCUGUACCAAGAGAGGUCAAAUCUCAACCUCUGGCUGAAAAGAAAGCCCCUGGUAAAAAGCAAUCGGGAUUGGCUGCUGCUCCAAGUGCACCCACAUCUGUUGCUGAUGCAUACGAGAAGAUGCUUUCUGCCAUUCCUGAGUUCUCUGCCUUUGGAAGGCUUUUCAAGUCUUCAGCCCCUGUGGAGUUGACAGAAGCGGAAACAGAGUAUUCUGUCAAUGUGGUGAAGCACAUUUUUGAUGGCCAUGUUGUGUUCCAGUACAACUGUACAAACACUGUUCCUGAAAUACUCCUAGAAAAUGUGAAUGUUUUUGUGGAUGCAUCUGAGGCAGAAGACUUCACCCAAGUUUACUCUAAGCCUUUGAGAUCAUUGCCUUAUGAUUCCCCUGGUCAGACCUUUGUGUCUUUUGAGAAGCCUGAAGGUGUUCCUGCUGUAGGGAAAUUCUCAAAUAUGCUGAAGUUCUUCAUUAAGGAGGUGGAUCCAACUACUGGGGAAGCAGAGGAAGAAGGAAACGAGGACGAGUAUCAGCUAGAGGACUUUGAGGUUUGUGCAGCGGAUUACAUGGUGAAGGUGGGAGUGUCUAAUUUCAGAAAUGCAUGGGAAAGCUUGGGACCUGAUGGUGAAAGGGUUGACGAGUACGGACUUGGAGUGAGAGAGAGUUUGGCUGAAGCUGUGAGUGCUGUCAUCAACAUCCUUGGAAUGCAGCCAUGUGAGGGCACGGAUGUGGUCCCGAGCAAUUCACGUUCUCACACUUGCCUGCUCUCUGGGAAGUUCAUCGGUGAUGUGAAGGUACUCGUGAGAUUGUCAUUUGGGAUAGAUGGCCCCAAACAGGUCGCCAUGAAGCUUGCUGUGCGGUCUGAAGACCCGGCUGUUAGUGAUACCAUUCAUGAGAUUGUUGCCAAUGGCUAAUGAUGGUUAAGUGUGUGUCUUUCGGUCAUAUAGAAAUAUUGUUGGAGAGAGAGAGAGAGAGAGAGAGAGAGAGAG